CACAGGAAGCCCAACAGUAAAAAUUUGCAAGGUCAGCGGCUGUUGAUGCACCACAGGACGAAAUGGCGGCCACCAUUCGAAAAUUAACCCUUUUGCUAAAACAAAAUAUAAAAUAAGAGAACAACAUAUAGUUUCCCUAAAAGACUUUAGGGAUUUUGGAUGUGAAUCUCAGAGGCAUUUUCUAGAAGACCUUUGAAAUGGCGAGAGGAAACGACAAAAGCAAAGGACAACGCAGAGACGAGCUUGAACGAAAGCGGGACGAACGGGUGAGACGAAAUGCUCUAAAGAAGGAGAAACAAAUUAAAGAAUAUCUCAACAAUGACGAGAAUUUUGCAAGCUUCAAGAAUCAGUUAGAGUGUAUUGGAUACAAGAUUAAAGAUAUCAUGGGAGAUGGGAAUUGUCUGUUCAGAGCCUUAGGCGACCAGUUGAAUGGUGACCACACCUCGCACCUCAAACACCGCAAGGAGACCGUGAAGUACAUGAGGGAUCACCAUGAUGACUUUGCUCCCUUCAUGGAGGACGGCAUCACAUUCGAGAAACACUUGGAACAGUUGUCUAAGCCCGGUGUCUAUGGAGGGAAUGAUUCCAUCGUUGCAUUUGCCCGUAACCAUGGUGCUGAUGUAGUCAUCCAUCAAUUGAAUGAGCCCCGAUGGGUGAUCAGCGGUAGCCAGUACUCGACUUCCGGUCAGCGGAUAGAGCUGCACAUCUCUUACCAUAAUGGUGAGCAUUAUUCGUCUGUGCGUCGACUGUCUGACCCUGAUGACGGCCCUGCCUGGAUCGUCCAUGAUAGAUAUGCAGCAAUCAGUCAGGUUGACAGUGGUAGGAAAGACAAGAAAAAAGCGACAAACAAAGAAAAAGACGUCAAGUCUUUCAAGAAACCAUGUAGCCAGGGGGCCUCAGCAAGUCCCCAACCCUCCCCUGAGGAAAUUGUUAUGUCAUCAACAGGCUGUAAGGACCUGGCGUUGGUUUUGCAGACAUUAGAAGAGAAUGACUACAAUGUGGACUUGUCAAUUGGAUAUAUCCUGCAGAUCAUGUGUUUAACUGAUGAACAUGAGAGUCUACACUGUAGCGAAGGUCUGGAUUAUAGGGAAAUGCCUAACACUGCAGAAAGCAACGGAAAUACAUACGAACUUUUUAAAUACAAUACAGAACCAGAGGAGAGGAUAAAUGUUAUUAAUGAACAUCCAAAAUCGCCUUCUGUUAAUAUAAACGAGCCCGAAGAUAAAGACAGAGAAAUUGGGGGCGUAAAAAAUGAGCCAAAGGAAUUUGUAAAUGGCUGCAAAGAAUCGCAGACAGAAACACCAUCUAAAAACAGAUCGGGUGCUCGACCAAAGCAAGUUUCCAAACCUAAGGGAGUUAGAAACGCAUCUCAUCUUAGUAACAGACAGCGCAAAGAGCUGGCAAAACACGAUAAGAAGAAGCGGAGGGAAGAGAGCCGGAAAGAGUCUGGGAACGAACAGGUCAAUAGCCAUGAUGAGCCUUUAGACAGUGUUUCCAUGGUUACAGCGGACCUUGGGGCAGUAGUAAUAUAGUAAAAAAAACUUUUUCCAUAGAUUAAAAAUUAAAAAAGCCGAAAUAUU